AUGAUCUCUUUGCUUCCUACAGCUCUGCUGCUGGCCUCGGGCGUCCAGCUCGCCUUCUCUCAGUUCGUGGCUCCGCCAAAGAACUUGACAAGCAAGACAGGCUAUGCAGGCGUCACAGUCCGCUACAAGUCCGUCCCCGCGGGCAUCUGCGAGCAAGACCCCGACGUGAAGAGCUAUGCUGGAUACGCCGACGUGUCGCCUGGUCAACACAUCUUCUGGUGGUUCUUCGAGGCUCGGAACAUGGAUCCCACGACGGCGCCGCUCACCAUCUGGAUCAAUGGCGGGCCGGGCUCGUCUUCUAUGAUCGGUCUGUUUCAAGAGCUGGGACCAUGUCGAAUCAAUCUGGACGGCGACGCGGUGAACAACCCGUACUCGUGGUCCAACGUCUCCAACAUGAUCUUCAUCGACCAGCCCACGCAAGUUGGGCUCAGUUACUCGUCCCCCGUGCCCGGCUAUGAGGACCCGAAUUCCGGAUAUCUGGUUGAACUGCCCGGCAACACCUGUCCAGAAUACGCCAGUGAUUGGUCCUGCGGGACAUACUCAUACUGGAACGAGUCGUUAACGGCGAACAACACGCCCUCGACGGCGCCGAACAUGUGGAAGACGCUGCAGGGAUUCAUGGGCGCAUUCCCGCAAUAUGCGAGAGAAGGAAUCAACUUUGCGACUGAAUCAUAUGGCGGACACUAUGCGCCUCUCAUGUCGGAGUACUUUGAAGAGCAAAAUGCGAAGAACAUCACCGGAGCACACAACAUCCGCCUCGAGCACGUCCUGAUCGGCAACGGCUGGUACGAUCCGUUGAUUCAAUAUCAAGCCUACUACAACUUCACCGUGUUUCCGGGAAAUACCUACAACUACGAUCCGUAUAACCAGACCAUCAAAAAUCAAAUAUACAACAGCCUGUACGGACAUGGAAACUGCUAUGACCAGACGGUGGACUGCAACACGCGCAAAAUCGACGAAAUCUGCACGGCGGCCGACAACUUCUGCUACCAGCAGGUGGAAAACAUGUACGACAUCUACCUGAACCGCGACGAGUACGACGUACGGUACCUGAUGCCGGACCCGUUCCCGCCGACGACUUAUAUCGACUACCUGAAUACGGCGCGUGUGCAGGCCGCCAUCGGCGCGUACGUCAACUACACGGAGAGCAAUGCCGCCGUGGGCAAUGCCUUUGGCGCUACGGGCGACGACGACCGCGAGAUCGGCACCGUCGCGGCCCUCCAAACCCUACUAGCCCAGAACGUUUCGGUGACCAUGUACUUUGGCGACGCCGACUACAACUGCAACUGGCUGGGUGGGCAGGUGGUGGCCGAGCACGUCGCCAGCACCGCAGCAUCGGGGUACAGCAGCGCGGGCUUCAUCAACAUCUCGACCUCCGACGGGAUAGUGCACGGCCAGGUGCGCCAGGCGGGACAAUUCGCGUUCGUGCGCAUCUUCCAGUCCGGGCACGAGGUGCCGUUCUACCAGCCUUUGGUGUCGCUCGAGAUGCUGGAUCGCGUCCUCGCGGACAGAGACAUCGCCACGGGCAAGGCGCCGCUCACGCCCGCCUACAAAACAAAAGGCCCCCUAGUGAGUGCUUAUCGUGAGGGCAACGCCACUAUCCAGUUCGACCUCACUCCCGCUGACGCCAUCUACAACGUCACCACCGCCAUGCCCCAGAACGGGACGAGCAGUAGUGGUGGAGGGGGAGGAGGAGGCGGCGACAAGAAACUCGCAAAGCGCGCGAAAUAUAGUCUCAGACGGGCGAGGAAGAUCAAGAGGGACAAGUUGGGCGGAUGGGCCAAAUGA